AUGACAGGCCAGGCUUUAGGGACGAAGGCUCACAUGGAUGAUAGCGCUGCUAUCCGCAUCAAUGUAGGAGGCUUCAAGAAACACCUCCAGUCUGACACCCUAUCUCGGUUCCCUGACACGAGGCUUGCCCGCUUACUCCACUGCCAGUCCAAAGAGUCCAUCCUAGAGCUGUGUGAUGAUUACGAUGACAUCGAGAAAGAGUUUUACUUUGACAGGAACCCAGCACUCUUCCCCUAUGUGUUGAAUUUCUACAACACUGGUCGGCUGCAUUUCAUGGCUGAAUUAUGCAUCUUCUCCUUCAGUCAGGAGAUCGAAUACUGGGGCAUCAACGAGUUCUUCAUUGAUUCAUGCUGCAGCAGCACCUAUCAAGAUAAGAAGAUGGACCAGAAGAAAGUGGACUGGGAGGACAGGAGUGAUGAAGGCAGCACUACUUCCUCUUUUGAUGAACUGUUGGAGUUCUACAGCGAUGCAACCAAGUUUGACAAACAGCUGCUGGGGAGCACAAGAAGGCGCUUUUGGUUAAUCCUGGAGAACCCAGGUUAUUCCGUGGCCAGCCGCAUCAUCAGCACUUUCUCCAUCCUGGUGGUGCUCAGCUCUAUCACCACGAUGUGCAUGAACAGCAUGAUUGAGUUCAGUCUGUUUGACAGUGAGGGACAACCCAAAGAGGACCCUCAUUUUGAGACAGUGGAGUACUUUGGCAUUGCCUGGUUCACUCUGGAGCUGGCCGUCAGGUUUGUGGUCGCACCAGAUCUUCUUCAUUUCUUCGAGCAUCCAUUGAAUUUGAUAGAUCUGGUGUCCAUACUUCCAUUUUACCUGACGCUUCUUAUAAACCUGGUGGCCGAGAGCAGCCCUGCACUAGCCAACCUUGGACGUGUUGCACAAGUGUUGAGGCUGAUGAGGAUUUUCCGUAUCCUGAAGUUGGCUCGCCACUCUACUGGAUUACGCUCACUGGGGGAAACUCUUAGGAACAGCUGCAAGGAGGUGGGCCUGCUUCUUCUCUACCUGGCUGUAGGUGUGUCUUUCUUCUCCGUCGUUGCCUACACAGUUGAGAAAGAGGAUAGCGAGGAUCUCUCCACCAUACCAGCGUGCUGGUGGUGGGCCACCGUCAGCAUGACCACCGUCGGGUACGGAGACGUGGUGCCGUUGUCGGUUGCAGGCAAGCUCACAGCCUCAGCGUGCAUCCUUGCUGGUAUCUUAGUUGUUGUGCUUCCAAUAACUCUGAUUUUCAACAAAUUUUCUCUCUUCUAUAAAAAGCAAAAACAGCUAGAGAUCGCAAUGAGAGGCUGUGAUUUUGAUGAGGGAAUAAAACAGGUGCCCUCUGUCAACCUGAGGAAUUAUUAUGCACACAAAGUCAAAUCCCUCAUGGCCAGCUUGUCUAACAUGAGCCGCAGUUCUCCUAGUGAACACAGUCUCAAUGAGUCUAUACACUAA